AGCAAGUUCAAUAAUUUGAAGAUCUAUGCCUCAAUCGUCAAAUUGUAUUUAUCAUUCUUGAGGGUUGGAACCACAUGAUAUGUGUCCCCAAUCUUGGGAUUUCCCCGUUCCUGAUUCAGCCCGUGGGCACACAAUAGGAAGAAGCAGUCUUUACAGCCCUUUUCCAAAUUCCCCCAACAGAGAUGCACCAGGCACCACCGGAGCAUAAGGGAAAGCUAGGUCGGUCCAGGUCGGGAACGUGGACCUUCUGAGGGAGCUGGAACGCACGGUAACACCUUCAGCGAGCUCAUCUUAUUCAUUUGAGCCUGAAGAGGUGGAAGAAGUAACAAAAAUUCGCAUCCUCACGUUUUUGUCCCGCUCAGAAACCAGGGAAUAAACUCCUCCGGUAAAUCACUCGCUAUAAAGGAUGUCGAAAGGAAAGACGGUCGGUUCAGAUCAAGCCCAAGCGUUGACCGAUUCAGGUGCGCAAGACAUCAUGUUGUUCCAAUCUUCGUCCAAUCCAGAGUGCGACAACGACGAGACGCCCGUGAUUCAAAUGCCCAAUGCCACGGGUACGGGUAGUAACAGUGAGCGGGACAUGUACCGACAGACACUUUAUGACAGUGGUCUGUGUUCAGAAUUGGGACAACUCAGCCUUAGUUCAUCGGACUCGCUGACCCCUGCUAAACUUCAAGAAUACUAUGAACCUGAUGAAGAUGGCGAUGUGCAGCUUCAUUUGGCCAUCGCCUCGGGGUUUACGGAUGUGGCCAUGGCCCUGAUCAAGAUGGCACCUCAUCCCGAUUAUCUAUCCAUACCAAAUAAAGCCCUAUAUUCCCCGCUCCACAUUGCGGUCCUUCAAGACCAGCCCUUGGUUGUGCGCCGUCUAGUUAUUGCAGGGGCUCGAAUUGACUUUCGUGACAGUGAAGGAAACAGCCCAUUACACUUGGCGGCACGCCGCGGCAACUUGGCAUGUGCCGAAGCCUUAUUGAAGCCCGUAGCCGUGCACGAGAUGGAGGAAGCUGGUCUUCCGCCAUCCCUUUUCACGGCCUUGCCCGCCGAUGUCAUCGAACAAUCCAAUAAUGUGGGGGAACAAUGUGUUCACCUGGCUACCAUGGGGGGUCAUUCCGAUUUUUUACGCUUUCUGUGUUGGCACAAUGCCGACAUGAACGCUCCUGACGGGCGCGGUGGGCGGGCCCCUCUUCACUUCGCGGUAGGAGCCAGGCAACUGCCCCUCAUUGAGUGCCUCAUCGAUCAACGGCCCCACGGUUGCGGUGUCAAUGCCAACCAGCUGGAUUGGUACGGUCGAACUCCUUACCAACUGGCCGUCCUGAAUGGGUCCGUCGAGAUCGCCAAUUAUAUCAGCCAAAGGGUGACAGGAUGCACCCUGCCUGAAGCCGACACUGACGCAGAAGAGAGUGAGAUCGAGUAUAAUCAAAUCCGGAGAAACGACUCCAAUCUUCUUCUCAACUCCAGCGCUUAAUUAUAUUAUUGAUGUUCGAGGCGUCCUCAAGAGAUGAUUUUCUAUUUUGUUACUUGCCACCACAUACCUUAAUAUCAUAUUCCCAGCCCCCUCCAUCAAUAAUUCAAAAAUAACAAUUAUGAAUAACUAACUGACCCUUGGUGGGGCCAUUGAAUGGAA